UUGUGAAAUGGAUGUGAUUCCUCGUCCGAAAAUAAUUCGAGAACGUGGAAUAACACUUUUUCCCCAUACUUUCGACAACUUUCGCUAACUUUUGCUUUCGAGGCAAAUCGGUUUCUCAACGUUCACCACCAGCGGGUCCGAGUUUCAACAAAACCGUGUUCACGCGCUCUCGAUCUCUACGUAGAGAUCGAGAAAACACUGUGCUCCGCAACGCUUACGAAUUCGAUUUAUGUAUUUUCAGAUCUGGAAUCGCAUUCUCUCCGAUCGCACCACCGAUCGAUCAUCCGAUCGAUCAUCCGAUCGAUCAUCCGAUCUCGCUCGAUUCUAUACGUCGAUCGACGUAUUAACAGUUUAACAAAUUCAGUUUUAUGAAUUCGCGCGCUGCCACGGCUAAAACGAUACGGGAAAGUUUCUUGUCUUUACGAGUAUUUCAUCACAUAGUCCGGGAGAGGGAAGCACCGCGUUGGAUAAGAAGAGGCGGCCCUCAACCGUCGUCUUCCUGGUUAAAUUACAUGGUCCGAGAGCUGUUGCAAGACUUUCAAAUCAACUGCCUUCAAGUAUCGGACAGUCCGUACGACGAGGACAUGGCGAACGCGUUACCGAUGAAACGGUACGAAUUCCCGACCGGAUACAACGACGAUUUAGGGUCCAUCAGACUGAUGAUACCCGAAGCGUUGUUCGACCCUAGUAACGUGAAAGGUGUCGGCGCCAGCAUCCUCGGCGUUGGACCGUUGGUCACGACGAGCGUGGGUAUGUGCGAUAUGGAUAUCAGACCUGUGAGUAUCUUCGAUUCUCGAUCACGCGAUAAACGAUCCACCUUCGAUCGGACCUUUCGAAACGCAUUGUUGCUUCAGAGCUUAUACGGAAGCGUCGUGGUCACCGGUGGCAAUUCCUGCCUACAAGGUUUCAGCGAAAGACUGAAUCGAGAUUUAGCCAGCAAAACUCCUCCAGUGAGUAUUUUACCUUUUAUUUUAUUUCCCUCGUCUGGUUUCGAUACUAAUGAUACCUCCUAUUUCACAGAGCAUGAGACUGAAAAUAAUUAGCGCGAAUAGCUCGAGCGAGCGUCGCUACGGCGCUUGGAUCGGAGGAUCGAUUCUUAGCUCUCUUGGAUCCUUUCAGCAGAUGUGGCUAUCGCGGCAAGAGUACGAGGAGUCAGGGAA